CGCUCCGUACUCUCCAGCGAACUGGCCCGCGCCGAACGAGCGGUCGUUUUGAGUGCGCGCGAGCCGCACGCAGCUGUCAGAAAGCGCGCAUCGCGCGUGUGAGUGCAACCAUGCCGACCGCUUCUUCCUAGAGUGCGCGCGUGUGCCCACAGCACAGGUCGGGUUGUCGGACGCAACCUCACGCAAUUUGCCUCGUGUGCCCCAAGAAGUGAUGCCGACUGCGGCCGACGGCAGUGAACUAGACGUGAACCGCGGCGCGCCACUACGAGCGCCGUCACCUUUAAUCCUAAGCGUCAACUGCGGCGGCUCCGGGCCGCGAAAGACGCUUCUCGAGUCGGAGCAAUCGCCGGACGCGACCUGUGAGAAGCGCAAGAAACGCUCGCACAGCGAAGACAGCGGCUGCCCCGACUCGGCGACCACCACCGACAGCGGCCUGGUGUGUGACGACCCUCUGACGCCAGUGUCGACGACCAGGGAGUCGUCUGCGGCAGUCUCCGAGGACUCAGCGACGUCGGGCUACUCGUCCGCCGGCAGCGGCACGGAACACCCCGAGACGCCAACCUCUCAUUCUGCCGGAAUGGUGGUGCGCACCGUGCGAACCCCCGUUCCGGUGAGUGGCCCUCUGGCCACGGCCGCCGUGCCGGGCAUCAAGUCUCCGACGUCCAUGCAGCAGGCGCUGCAGCUCAAGAGGGCACGGCGCAGUGCGCGCUUGGAGCACCGGCGCUCGCUCGAAGUCAAAUACGCGCUCCUCUCAGACGCCGACGGAGACCGGCCUCUGCACAUCGCCGUUCUCCACGACGACAUCGCCCUCGUGCAGCGGCUUUGCCGACUCACCCGGGCAGCGGGUGCCAGCGUCGACGUCUUGAACAGCCUCAGGCAGACGCCUUUGCACCUGGCGCUGAUCGUGGGCAACGAGCCUGCCGUCGAGGUGCUGCUGCGCGAGGGCGCCUCGGUGCUGCUCAGGGAUCGCAACGGCAACACGGCGCUGCACCUGGCCCUCAAGUACCCCAGCCUGGGCUGCAUGCGGCUCGUGCUCGCGCACCGGCUAGCAGCCAAGAUCGUCGACGCGCCGGACUUCGACGGUUACUCCCCGCUGCAUUUGGCGGUACUCCUCAACAAGCCCGAAGCGGUCAGCCUCCUAAUCAAGGCCAACUGUGAUAUCAAUGUUCCCGACGGCCGGAGCGGGAGGACGCCGCUGUACCACGCCAUCGCCCUGCAGCGCGAGCACCUAGUCAAGCAGCUCGUAUCGCAAGGUGCCAGCACCGAGGCCCAAGACUACGCGGGACAUUCGUGCCUCGCGCUCGCCAAAGAGGCAAAGAGCCCGUGCCUGCCAUUGCUCCAGGGAAAAGGGUCCUCACUGUGCAGCUGACCGCCACAACACAAGAACACGUUAGAAGCAUCACUCGGAACAUCAGCGCCGACCCGUAAUCGAGCAACGGGCAGACCCUUCGGCGCGGGCUGCCAACCGACUGCGCAAGUGCCAACGCGAUGCGCUGCCGACAAGAGCCACACCACUGCGACUCUGCGAAGCAACAUCACCAGAGACCACGCGCGUUCAGCGCGAGCGAUGCGCAACUGCCAGCUGUGUAUCUGUGAUUAGCCACUCCUGUGCUCUUUUCGCCACCCUGCAAAAGCCUUCAACCUCCCGUUAGCUUGCUGCCGUUUACAAACUCUUAACGUCCAUCACAUUCACGUCAUCCUGUAAACACGCCGUCACGUCAAGUUCGGCGUGUUUAUAAACUCUAGUGAGCCUUGCCUAAACCAAAGUGAAAUGAUUACAACGCUUUCUUUUUUACAAGAAAGCAGGCAAUGGUGGCAGGUUGACGCUACUUGGCCAUGCGGUGUUUAACCAGAGUGCCAUAGGUUGUACAAAUGCAACGGGGGCGCACGAUGCUGCACUGUAGAUGUCCUUGGGAAGCUCCAGUCAACAGUGCGAUGAAGGCUUUGCAAGCGGGCUAAUUAAAGAGUGCCGUGAGAGCUACACACAGUUUGGAUGCUCAGGCCAAUUCCUCCAGUGAAGAGACACUCCUCACGAAGUAGCUGACAAGCGCAGCUACCUCUCGUGAAUGGAGGCAAUGGAGGGACAUACGGACCAUCCUUCGAGAAUUCCACAAACUGUUGUGGUCCCGUGUGGGCAAAGUGUUUGUGAUCCUGUUGAAUGCAACUCCGCUGGCACCGGCAUAUUUAUUAAAAUUAAAAGGACUUUUGUCAAGUA